CCGUCUAGUCAGACACACACUGGUAUUGGUAUCUUAUUUCAAUUCUCAUUAAUCUUGGCUGAUCUUGGUACUUCUACACCACCUGUUCGCUAGGAACAAUAGUAUCUGGAACCAGAAAGUUUGAAGUCAACAAUGGACGAACCGUUACAGGUGAAUGAUCUCGUGGGUCUUUCGUCCUCUUCCUCAAGUGGGAGUUACUGCACGAGUGAAGCCAGUAUCGACAAUAAGUUGUUGGUGGAAAGCGGGUGCCAGGCUGGAAGAAGUUUUGUUGACAACAUCAGCGAUAAGGAAGCAGAUCUGCACGCGCAACGUAUUGUGUCUCAAGACGAUUGUUCAACAACAACAACUGUCCUAAGCACGAUGUCGAGGCAUGCUUUGUCUACAGAUAGACCUAACUCUCCACUGGUAGAAUCGGUCGUCAGGAAAGACGGCGCGCCAGAAAAACUGACACGGACACAAAAGGACGGACAAAAUACUAAAGAUAGAGAAAUGGAUCAUGUAAAUAAAGAUACAGAAAGUGAAAAAGAAAUGGAGUCGAUAGCAGCGAGUUUCCUACAGGCUAACGAUACUUCCGAUUUACGUCUAGUUUGUGAGGGUAAACCGCUGUACGUUUCACGGAUUGUACUGUCCAUAGUUUCUCCCGUCCUAAAACAGAUGUUUGACAGUCGUUCCCGAGAACAGAGUGUCAUAGAAAUACCAUUACCAGGUAAAUCGUACGGAGACAUCUUAGAAUUUCUCUGCUGUGUCUAUCCGGAUAAAUUGAAACCAGUGACGGAACAAAACGUGAUAACACUUCUUGACUUAGCUGACGAUUACAAGGUGGCCAGUUUGAAAUUACGAUGUGAGCAAUAUCUUCUAGAGGAGUUAACCCGGAACCGGAAGUGUAUCUCUCCUGGCAGGUUGGUCAGGACGAUCCAACUGGCAGAUCAGUAUGGUUUGGAAAGAAUCAAACAUCAGUGUUUCGAAAUAGCCACUCGCACCUCCUCGGAUUUAUUGGAAAAUGUGCAAGGAUUCUGGGAUUUAUCGCACGUGCAUACGGCAACCAUAUUUCUACAGAGAUUAAAGUUAUUUGAAUCGGCGUCUAAAAAGGUCAGCAAGCGUCUGACAGAAGUAGAGGCUCACUGUAGCUUGUAUCACAAAAACGACAGAUGGGGAGACAACCUGUGUAAUAAGUGUCUCGCGAGUGUCGGGAAAGUAGCCGCCGUGGAAAUAGCACAGUUAUAAACGUGUGACGUCAUAUAGAAAAUCAUCCUCUGGUGUUACAUUGAAAUAAUCAUUGACAUUAACUAAAAUUUCAGCAAACAUGUUUACAUUCUCAUAGUUAGACUACAUGUGAUCAUUUAUAUUGCGUAAUAAAUAUCUACUGAGUGUCUAAAAAUUAGAAAGUAAUGUCAUAUGUUUGCUUUGAACCAAAACAUUAAUUGAAAUCAUAUUUUUCUUAACCGUCGAUUUCCUUUGUUAAAGUAAGCUGUAAGAUAGCAAAUGACUGUGUCUUGGUUCUGUAUCAUUGAAGACAAUUCACAAAGCAACAAUGUUAGUAAAAUUAGUUGUCAAAAUGAUAUUGAGUCAUUUCAAAAGACUCUUAUACUGCAUGCAACAGAGCUAAUUGACUAGGAUCCCGAAUCUCGCAGAAAAGUCUGACGGGGUGAUUAUUUGAAGUGUAUGUUGGAAAAUUGAGUGUACUACAUUCAUGUAAAUAUCAGGGGAAAUUAUUAAAGAUUCCACAAAAAGGACGCCAAAUUGAUUGUUUGUCUACGGUGUCAGAUUCCUGACACAAAUAUAAAAUCGUUUUAGCCUUUUGUCUUAUAAUGAAAUAUACAGCAGACACUUCAGAAUAAGAUUAACGUGUGUAUCGGUAUCGCAUGUUGUA